AUGCUGAGGAUAGCCAGGACGGCUGCACCUCGAAGGCACCGCCGGCGAAAGCAUGUGCUGUGUUCUGCCCACGCUCAUUCAAUAUCCCACUUCCGAGUACUUGAACAUACCGUGCCGGCGCAACAUACGAGACAUUGGCCAAGGGGCACUGAAAUCGGUUAUGAAAACGCCUUGAAGCUGGCAGUUAAGCAAUAUGUGCCUCUUGGUAACCCGAAACCGGGUCCUGGCGACAUCACAUUUAUUGCCGCCCAUGCCAAUGGCUUUCCUAAGGAAAUGUAUGAGCCACUAUUCGAAGAUCUCUACGAAGAACUGAAUAAGCUUGGGCGGCAGAUACGCGCCAUCUGGAUUGCAGACAUUGCCCAUCAAGGCCAAAGUGGUAUCCUCAAUGAAGACGCUCUUGGGAACGACCCAAACUGGUGGGAUUUUGCUCGAGAUUUGCUCUUUUUGAUCAAUCAAAAGCAAGAGGAGAUGCCUCAACCUCUUGUCGGAAUAGGCCACUCAAUGGGAGGUUCACAAUUAACCCAGCUUGCUUUGUUGCAUCCACGAUUACUACAGGGACUCAUUUUGAUUGACCCAGUCAUUCAAACGGAGAACCCAAGCAAGACCUUUGCUCGAGCUUCGACAUAUCGUCGUGAUCUUUGGCCUUCGAGAGAGCAAGCAGCACAAAUCCUGGCUAACAGCAAGUUCUACCAAGCAUGGGAUCCUCGAGCACUUUCUCGGUGGGUCAAGUAUGGUUUGAGAGAUCUGCCUACGGCGCUUUACCCUCAGCGUGGGAACGGCGAGAAUCCACCGGUCACAUUGACGACGACAAAAGCACAAGAGGUGUUUUCAUACCUGAGGCCGAAAUAUUAUGGCCGGCCCGAGCUCGCGCCCGAAGAAGACCGCUCUGUGUAUGGGGAUAUGCAUCCCGAGGACGUUGAGCAAGGAUACCCUUUCUACCGACCUGAACCUUCCGAGAUAUUCCGGCGACUGCCUGAAGUCAAACCACCGGUUCUAUACAUCUUUGGAAAAUCCUCAGAGCUAGCCACGCCAGAACUGAGAAGAAAGAAACUGGAGACAACAGGCAUUGGAGUUGGAGGAAGUGGAGGACAUGCAGCCGGUCGGGUCAAAGAAGUCGUUCUUGACAGCGGCCAUCUGGUGCCGAUGGAGAAGAUCAGGCAAUGUGCAGAUGCGGCUGCUUCUUUUGUGAAUGAAGAAAUAUCUUGUUGGCAAGAGAUGACUGAGGCCUGGCAGCAGCGGUGGCUUCAAAAGUCGCGACAGGAUCGAGUCAGCUUAGACGACCAAUGGAAGGAAAUGAUAGGACCCAAGAGGUAG